GCGGUGUUCCUGUAAUGUACCGUAAACCACUCAAUAAGCGCGCAUCUGAACCUAAACAGCGGCUGGCUUGACCGCAGUGUUUAACUGGCGCAGGAGUGUAGGUGAGACAUGAAGCGUGUUAAAGUGCUUGUGAUCGGAGCAGGUGUGGUCGGUUUAUCGACUGCAGUGUGUAUCGCUGAGACUCUAUCGUAUUGUUCUGUGACCAUCAUUGCUGAGAAGUUCUCACCUGACACGACAAGCGAUGGAGCUGCUGGUAUCCUCUUCGCCUCCGAGUUUCCUGAUGUUCCACUCGGGAGGCAACGGCGGUGGUUUAAAGAGACGUUUGAUCAUCUGUUGGCCAUUGCAGAUUCCCCACAUGCCUCGGAUGCUGGAGUGUUCCUCUGCUCAGGGUGCCAAAUUUUCAAGGAAGUACCCUGCGACAAAAAGCCUUUCUGGUCAGAUUUUGUUCUCGGAUUCCGAAACAUGACGCGUCAUGAAAUGAAGCGCUUCCCUGAUCAUAAAUUUGGUCAAGCUUUCACAACAAUAAAGUGUGAAUGUGUCAGUUACUUGCCCUGGCUGGAGAAAAGGUUUAGAGAAGCCGGCGGUCGGAUCCGAUGUGAAAAGAUCACCGGCCUUCAGAAAGUGGCUCAGAUGUAUGACAUCAUCGUGAACUGCUCAGGUCUCGGGUCAAGCCUAUUGGCGAAGGAUGAGGAAGUCUAUCCAAUACGAGGUGAAAUCUUGAAGGUUAACGCUCCCUGGCUGAAGAACUUCAUACGGGAUGGAGAUGGCAAGACCUACAUCUACCCCGGCAUCGGCUACGUCACUCUUGGAGGCACAUGGCAGGCAGAUGAUUGGCGGUUGGAGGUGGAUAAAGAGGACAGUAAUGGUAUCGUGGAACGCUGCAGUCAUUUGGAACCGUCGCUGCGAAAGGCUCAGGUGAUCGGACGCUGGGUGGGGCUACGGCCAGGCCGGCCAAACCCACGCGUGGAGCGGGAUUAUCUGUACGUGGAGGGCCGCCACGUGCCUCUGGUACACAACUACGGUCACGGGGGCUGCGGUAUCACAUUGAGCUGGGGAACGGCACUGGACGCACUGGAUCUGGUCAGACAGAGUCUGUUUGAAAAACCACCUCAAGCUAGACUUUGAUUUGGUUAUUGUAGUUUAGCGUUUGUGUAAUUUUGCACCUUUUUGUCUUGAGCAGAUACGGAUGAGAAAUGGCACCUUAAAACCCAAACAAACCUAAUAAGACAUUUUUUUUAUAUAUAUACAAACAUUUAAUUUUGCUACUGAUUUUGUAGACCGUUGUCAAUGAUUUAUUGGAAGUAGGCGUGUGACGGUGUCUGUUUUUAAUGGUACUGCUGGGACUUUUAUUGCUGUAUACAAUACUUUCAUUAUCUUAUCGUAGUUUCUUAUUAUGCUUUUGUGCUAAUAUUUAAAAAAUAUGAAUUAGGUUAAAUUAUAAAGUGUCUAGAGCAUUUAUUAAAGUAAAUUAAAUUAACAUUUAAAUUAAUCCACAAAGUGUGAUGUAUAUUGAUAUACAUUGGCUAUAUUGACUUAUAGACAACUAAAUAUGUACAUUUUCUACUUGCUACUGUGCAAGCUACUGUGAUUUCAGAGAAAUGUGAGCAAUUUUAUAACUUGAUGGUAUUAUAUAUUGCCCAAAGUAACAAUAUUGUGCAAAUUCACGAUGAACUGUAUAGGUCUAAUUGGAACAUAUUGAUAUAAUCUGUAAAUUUGAACAAUUUACUGCAGCUGGGGGCUCCAAAGGUUUGGA